AUGCUUGCUGAAAAACCUUUAUCUUCAGGACAUCUUAAUGGUGUUAAUGGUGUUAAUGGUGUUAAUGGUCAAUAUAAAAGGUCUUCAUUAUCUAACGUAAUAAAACCAUGUUUCGCGUCCAGAGAAGAAGCUGGAGAACUUUUGGCUAUAUUGUUGAAAUAUUACGCUCAAAAAGAAAAUACCAUUGUUCUUUCCAUAAAACCAACAGCAACUCUCCUUGCAUACGAACUAGCUAAAGAACUAAAAUUACCACUUGAUCUUUUCCUUAUUCGAACACUAAAAAUUGAUGGUCUGACUAUUGGUGCUAUUACAGAUAGAACUGAUAAUCCGUUGCAAAAUGAACAAAUUAUUAGGGGAUGCGAUAUUACACAGCAACAACUUUCCGAGAUAGUUAAUCAAGAGCGCAUCCAAUUAGAAACAUUAAAACAUCAAUUUAAUCCACCAAAUUAUCCAUUAUCAAAUUCGGAGAAUGCUACUGUAUUACUUGCCACUGAUGGUAUCCAAACUGGCCAGAAUGCACGUUGUGCUAUUAGAUUGUUGAAAAGUAUGGGUUAUCGUGGGAGAAUUGUAUUGGUUGCUGGUGUAAUUGGGUCUGAUGCUCAGAAAAUAUUUAUGAGAGAAGCAGACGAAGUAAUAGCCGUGAAAGGGCCCCAGAAUGUUGGUUUAGUUUCUUCAUGGUACCAAAAUGAAGAACCGACCAAUGAACAAAUAAAGCAAGCUUUGCUAAAAGCCAAAGAGUAA